UAUGAAGACUUCUUAAUGGCCGCUCAAGCAAACGGAUGGAACGCCAAUCGUAAGAAAGAAACUUUUGGAGCUUAUCUCCGAAAAGGAGCUCGAGAUUGGUAUCUUGAAUGGACAGACGGCAAUGCACAUACUUGGGAUCAACUUUCAGCUGCUUUUACAGCCAAGUAUCUAAAUAACGAUUUCCGCGAACAAUGGACUGAGGAAUUACGAGGUCUCAAACAACGCAGAAGUGAGACUGUUGAAGACUACUAUUACCAAGUCAGGCGAAUGGCUACUCGAGCUGAACUAAAUCCUGCUGCCACUCUUCCUUACUUCGUUCGAGGAUUAUUACCUGAGAUUAAGGCCGUAGUUAAGACACAUGCUCCUGUUGACCUGGCUGAAGCUUUAACAAAAGCUAAACUAUAUGAGUCUGGAAAAAUGGAAACGAAAAAAAGACCAAAGAAUCAUGUACCCCAAAAAGCUAUACCCGUUAUCAAUAAUCAACAGUCUGGGAUCUUAGUUGAUUUUGAACAAGAUCCUUAUGAAGAUGAACCUAUGCAGGAAGACUUAUCAAAAAUAACAUUAAAAACAAAAAGUGAAAAGAAGCCUAGAAUGAAACAACAACC